UUACUGUGAUGAUGUGGUUUAAGAUGCAGAGUUCACUUCCGCAUAGGUGUUUUAGCCUGAGUGGAAACAAAACAUCACCAUGGGGUGUUUAACUGCUCCUCCUCUUUAACUCACUGUGCUCAAUAGACUUAAACCUGAAUUUCGUGUUUUGUUUUUUUUUUUAAAUGCAUGACAAUUAUUAGGAAGUGCUUCCUGCCCACUGACAUUCCCUCUCUGUGCUCCUCACUCUGGAAUGGAGUUGUGUGAAUUAAUCCACUGUUUAUUGGCCCUGGCUGUCUUCGUCCUGCUCUUGCUUGUUGUAAUUGCCCAUGUCACUGCUGGGAUGAUGGAUCUGAGGUGUGAUGAGAAGGAGAAGUACUUCCAAACUGCAGCGGGCCUGAAGGAACCAUUCCCCAGUCUGUCUGAUCCUCCUUCGCUGGCGCUGUCUGUGGUGGUUCCCUCCUACAACGAGGAAUCCAGAUUGCCUGCUAUGAUGGAAGAAGCUAUGGAGUACCUCGAGAAUAGAAGGAAGACAAAUCCUUCAUUUUCCUACGAGGUCAUUAUAGUGGAUGAUGGCAGCAAAGACAAAACCACAGAGGUUGGCUUAGGGUACACAAAGAAAUACGGUGACGAUAAAGUGAGGGUACUGACACUAGUGAGGAACCGGGGGAAAGGAGGUGCUGUACGCAUGGGGACUCUGCGCACUCGCGGACAUCUCAUCCUGAUGGCUGAUGCAGACGGAGCCACAAAGUUUGCUGACCUUGCGAAGGUUGAGGCUGGAUUACAUAAUAUCAGUCCAAAACUGGAGUACAUGGCUAUUUCCUGCGGGUCCAGGGCUCACCUGGAAAAAGAAGCAGUGGCUCAGCGCUCUCUGUUCCGGACGUUCCUGAUGUAUGGCUUCCACUUCUUGGUGUGGUUCUUCUGCGUUAAAGGGAUCAAGGACACACAGUGUGGUUUUAAGCUCUUCACUCGUGAGGCAGCGCUGAGGACAUUCAGCAGUCUGCAUGUGGAACGCUGGGCAUUUGAUGUGGAGCUUCUGUAUAUCGCUCAGUGCUUUAAGAUUCCAAUAGCCGAAGUGGCAGUCAACUGGACGGAGAUAGAAGGGUCUAAGCUAGUGCCAUUCUGGAGCUGGCUACAGAUGGGAAAAGACCUCAUCUUCAUCAGAUUGCGUUACAUCACUGGUGCCUGGAGGUUGGAGUAUCCACGGAAAUCCCAGUAGUCCUAGCUGCUGUUGGUGUGAGGAUUUACAAGACUAUGCUCCAGUGUGUGCCAUGUGUGUAACUCCCACAAACAAUUGCUACUAGUGAUGAUGACAAACUGGUGCAGUUUGUAGUCCAUGAAUGAGUUUACUACAAACUGUGAAGUAGCUGCAAUCACUUUUUAUAAUGUUAUGGUAUUGGUCAGGUGAACUGUUGUUGUUUUCUGAAUAAUGUGGUGGUUUUCAUUUGUAAAGAACUUGCUGAAUGUGCACAGCCAAAUAAACAACCUUUCAACCUU